CUUAUACAAGGUGUAGAUAAUCGGAUUUUCUUUUCUCUCAAAACCCUAAUUUCUCAGACACCAUGCUUCGAUCUCCAGGCUACUCUCCCCGCCACGUUUCAUCACCGUCUCCGUCUCCGUCUCUAUAUUCCGGAAAUUCUCUUAAAACUCCCGGCGCUUCUUCCUCAAUCACCCAAAGUAAUCCUAGCAGAAAACGCCCCCGGGUCCUCGACGAAGACUCCUAUGUGGCCGCCAUCGAGAAGAUCGUCGAACGCGAUUUCUUCCCUGAUAUCUCCAAGCUCCGAGAUCGGCUCGAUUGGCUCGAAGCCAUCAAGACGGGCGAUCCGAUUCAAAUCCGUGAUGCCCAAUUGAAGAUCAUCGAACGCCGCGGGAAAAAGGUAAAUAAUGCAAAUUCAGAGCGUAGAAGUCAAACCCAAACCCCUGGUUCUACGUUUAUGAGGAAUUUUACUCCUUUUAAUGAAUUUGACGGUAAAACACCUCAAACCCCUAGUGUUUUAGGUAGGGGAUUAUCCGGUGAGGCUGAUUGUAGGGAAAGCGAGGAGGAUGUUGAUACGAAUUUAUCAUUAGAUGAGUUCUUUAGGAGGUAUACUAGUGAGGACAAUGAAAGCUUUUCAAAGAUUUUAGAGAAAGUUAACAGGAAGAAGAAAGAGAAGUAUGCGUUUUUAACACAGAGAGAAAACGGGGAGGAGGAUGUUAAAUUAAUAGAGGACGUAAAAAGGGAUAGGAUCACAGAUGGAUAUGGAACGUCUGAUCAGCCACCAAGCACAUUGGAAGGGUGGAAGUAUACGGCCAAGAAUUUAUUGAUGUAUCAUCCGGCUGAUAGGGGUGAGGCCCCAUUGACCGAGGAGGAGCUAGCUAUAAGAUUGAAGGGUUUGACUAAGGAGAUCAGUAGGGGGAACACUCGUUUUCAUGGUAAAGUUAUGGACUCAAGGCCAAAAGAUGAUGGAUCCGUGGAGGUGUUAUAUACUCCUGUCGCUGGGGCGACUCCAAUGCCUAUGUCAGGUAGGGAUCAGGAUAAGGGCAAAAAGUAUGAUCUGGAGGAUUUGAGAAAGACCCCCAAUCAGUUUUAUGUGGAAUCUGGGAAGAAAGCCGAGAAUGGUUAUAGUUUUGUAAGGACACCUUCACCUGCGCCAGGUGUUGAUGGAUCCCCCUUUAUUACAUGGGGUGAAAUUGAAGGCACCCCUUUGAGGUUGGAACCUGAGGAUACACCAAUUGAUAUUGGUGGUAGCGGUGAUGGGCCUCAUUUUAAGAUUCCUUGUCCUCCUGCCAGAGAUGUGAAGGCACACUCCUUAUCAAGGGAAGCAGCUCGGAAAUUGAGAGAGAGGUCAAAGAUGUUUAAGAAGCCACCGUUGCCAUCACCUUAUAGAGGCGGCAGUGCCAGUCCAAGUGUACGAACACUUUCCCCUGCUGCCCAGAAGUUUGUUAGAAGUGCAAUCGCAAAGUCCUCUUCUUCAGUGGAUGAAACUCUUCGAGCCAGUUAUCGAGGUGCAAGCCCAGGGGUGUAUACUCCUAAAAGUGUAAGAAGUGUUUCAAGGUUUGGAAGGGAUGGCAGCAUGAAUUCCAGGUCCCCUUCUGUAAGCGAGGGUUCUAAUCCUCCAUGGCAAUAGUUGUCUUAAAAUAUCAAUAGUAUUAUAGUUUAAUACUGCCAUCUUGUUUGUACUUUAGUCCUUGAGAAAACCUGUUUGUGUUUACAUGGUAAAUGUACCAUUUCAGAUUUUUUUUU